AUGACCUUUUCUUCGUUCAAUGAAGAGCCCCAGGGCAACUACGACGCCGACUACGUGAUCCGUUAUUCGUUUGGUGCCUCUGAUCGUGAAGGAUCCAUUGAGCAACUGAAUAAACUGCUGCAGACUUUGGCCGGCGCGGGCUUUCUCACUGAAAUCCGGCCAGGCGAUAAGACGACGUUGUUGGUUUUUAUCAGAGCUCCCGAGCAGAGUCUGCAUAGAGCUACUCACACCUCACGUGUUCGCGACUGGCUUUACGGGCUUAGAAACACCCAGCCCGAUGGCGAAACUUCCCCAGGGCCACAGACCGACGCGGAGCGUCUGCGGGCUAUCAACUACAUGCUGACCGCGCCAGUCGAGGAAGGUGGCGCGAACAUCACUCCAAAGCAUGGCGAAUGGAAGAACGUCGACUCUAUAUUUCCCUUGCAUGAUGACAAGACAAACCAGGCUUGGAUGAGAGACUGGAGCAAGAAGACCCUCUUGACCAGAGAGGACCUGGAUCAGAUUCGUGACAAGUUCGGAGAAAAGAUUGGGUUCUAUUUCGCGUUUUUGCAGUCUUAUUUCCGGUUCUUGCUUUUCCCUGCGCUUUUCGGAUUCUCCUCUUGGUUGAUCUUGGGAUACUACUCGCCAAUUUACGCCGUUGUCAACUGUAUCUGGUGUGUUGUAUUCGUGGAGUACUGGAAACGACAAGAGAUCGACCUGGGAAUUCGAUGGCAAGUCCGAGGAGUCUCUGUUUUGUCCUCCAAGAACAGGCACUUCCAACCAGAGAGCGAAAUCCGAGAUGAAGAUACUGGGGAGAUGCUACAAGUUUUCCCCUGGACUAGGCGACUUCAAAUUCAGCUGCUGCAAAUUCCAUUUGCGGUUGUCUCAAUCCUCGCCCUGGGUGCAGUGAUUGCAACAUGUUUUGCGAUCGAAAUCUUCAUUUCCGAAGUGUAUAAUGGCCCGCUGAAGGGAUACCUCGUCUUCAUUCCUACGAUUCUGCUAUCUUCUCUCCUGCCUAUCGCCAGCACUCUUCUUACCAAAGUUGCCACCAAACUUACGGAACUCGAAAAUUACGAGACCAAGGAAGACCACGAUGUGGCAUUUAUUCAGAAAAUGCUAGUCAUCAACUUUAUCACAUCCUACCUGGCGAUUUUCUUGACCGCUUUUGUUUACGUUCCGUUUGCCGGUGCCAUCGUGCCGUAUCUGGAUGUGUUCCGAGUGACAGUGCGGCCAUUCGUGUCUCAGGAAGAUGAAAAGACUAUCAACCACGUUGACUUCAAAAUAGACCCAGCUCGUCUACGCAAACAAGUCAUUUACUUUGCGGUAACUGCGCAGAUUGUGAAUACUUGCAUGGAAACGGUUGUUCCAUUCGUCAUGCGCAAACUGGCGAUCAAAUACAAGGAGUACUCAGAGGAGAAAGCCAACGGUAACGAUAAAAGCACGCCGGUAUAUGACGAUCAUCCCGACGAGGUAGCCUUUCUCAAGAAGGUUCGGAACGAAGCGGAGCUACCAGAAUACGACGUAACGAAUGAUCUGCGAGAAAUGGUAAUCCAGUUUGGGUACUUGUCCCUGUUUUCAACAGUGUGGCCCCUGGUUCCGGUCUCGUUUCUUUUUAAUAAUUGGCUAGAGUUGCGCUCGGAUUUUUUCAAGAUUUGCAAGGAAUUCAAACGUCCUGUGCCAGAGCGAGCUGACACCAUCGGCCCUUGGCUCGAUACACUCGGGCUGCUUGCCUGGGUUGGAAGCAUCACUAGUUCGGCUUUGGUAUACAUGUUCAGCAACGAGGGCCUUGGGCCCGAUGGCAACCCGACAGAUAUCCGAGGAUGGAUGCUUAUGGUGACCAUCUUCUUCGCAGAGCAUAUCUAUCUCGCCGUACGCUACGUAGUAAAGGCAACGAUAUCGAAGAUCGAAACGCCCAGCAUCAGACAAGAACGUACCCAGAAGAUUCUCCAACGCAAGAGCUACCUUGGCACGCUCAGUGUGCCGCAAACCAAGCCUGAUAUUGGUGACAAAACUGUCGAAAUCACUCAUGCUUCCCUGGAGGAAGACGCGCGCGCGCACACGCUCCAAGAAGCGCAUCCAUCUGAUCAGUUCUGGGGACGACAGAAAAACUGGAGCGAGUCGCUGCACAUCGGGACUACAAUCAUCAAGGCAUACCAAGGCCCGGAAGCAAAGAAGCAACAGUAA